AUGAAUUAUGAACGAGAAGAUCACACAGCAUGCGUAUUAACAAAUGAAAAAGUGCUAGUUGCCGGUGGACGGAACGAUGCUGGUCCUCUGAAUACUGUUGAGCUGUAUGAUCCAUCAACAGGAUUUUGGACAAUGACUAGUAGCAUGAAUAUUGCACGAUCAGAACACACAGCCUCUGUAUUAACAAAUGGAAAGGUGUUCGUUACUGGUGGAGAAAGUGAUUUUGAUAUUCUAAAUAGGACUGAGCUAUAUGAUCCAUCAACGGCAACUUGGACAAUGACUAGUAGCAUGAAUACUGCACGAAAAGAACACACAGCCUCCGUAUUAACAAAUGGAAAGAUAUUAGUUACUGGUGGAUAUAACGGUACAGAUUAUAUAAAGAGUGUUGAGUUGUACGAUCCAUUAACAGACACUUGGAAAGAUACUAGUGACAUGAAUUAUUCAAGAGCAGGAUACACUCAAUCUGUAUUAACCAAUGGAAAAGUUUUAGUUGCUGGUGGACUAGCUGAUAGUUAUCUAAAUAGUGCUGAAUUAUAUGAUCCAUCAACUGAAACUUGGACAAUUAAGCACAACAUGACUAAUGUACGAUGGACUCAUACAGCAUCUGUAUUAACAAAUGGAAAAGUAUUAGUUGCUGGUGGACUAGUUGAUGAUUACGUAUAUAAUGCAGAGCUGUAUGAUCCAUCAACAGAAACUUGGACAACUACUGGUAGCAUGAAUAUUAGUCGACUAGAUCACACAGCAUCCAUAUUAACAAAUGGGAAAGUGUUAGUUGCUGGUGGGUUUAGUGGUAAUUAUCUAACUGCUAAUACUGAGUUGUAUGAUCCAUCAACAGGAACUUGGAUAACUACUGGUAAGAUGAAUAUUGAACGAUUUAGUCAUACAGCAUCCGUAUUGACAAAUGGAAAAGUGUUAGUUGCUGGUGGAAAUAAUGGUGGAAUUUUGAAUAGUACAGAACUGUAUGAAUCAUUUCAAAUAAACUAA